AUGUCUUUACAAACAUCGCCAGUUCCUGCAACAUCAUCACCAGCUCCGACUAUUCCUAUUACCAAUGGUAAUAGUAAUGUGCCCAAGUCGAGCUUUAAUGUUCCAUUUCCCAAAUCUAGACAUGAGUUAGAAUUGUUGGUUUUGAGAUAUAGAUCUUUGCAUAUAUUGAACAACAAUCCAGAAGAAGAACAAGCCAUUGAAAAAGUCUUAUUUGAAGUAAGCCAAUCUCAAGAGAAGUAUAAAUCAAAGUUACAGAGAUUAAGAGAUGCACAAAAGAAAUCUCGUGAUUAUAAUCAAAAUGUUUUGUGUGAUCAAAUAACCACAUUACAAUUAUUAUCAAAAGAUAUUGAUCUCCCUGAGGGAUUAUCACAAAGAUUAAACAUUCAAGCACCAGGAACAGAAUCCAAGGCUUCAGAAUUAGUGCCGAUUGAAAGAUCAUUCAAGUUCGCAGAAAGAGUUCACAAUUUAGGUAUCAAAGAUCAGUUUACAAAUCCAGAACAAAUUGAUAAAUUGUAUGCUGCUGGUAACCCAAACGCUGAAAAGUUGAUAAGUACCAAGAUCUCAUCAAGAAUAACAGAAUUGGAGAAAUUACCAGCCAAUUUAGGAACAUUCAAACACGACGAGUUGACUUUACAAUCACCAGAUGAUCUACAACCUCAUGCCGAUGAUUUAAAGAUUAGGGCUCUUUUAGAAUUAAAAUCUUUAAGAUUAUUAACAAAACAAAAAUCAUUAAGACAAAACUUAUUAUUUUCAAUCGGUGCCAAAGCUCAUACAUCUGAAGAACAUCUGAAAAAUCAUCCAAUUACACUGUCAGCUCAAAGAUCACUGCAUAUUAGACCAAAGGUUGUUUCAAAACAAACAGCCAAACUUGCUGAGGAACUAGAAAGACAACAAGAGCUAGAGAAACAAAGAAUUGAGCAUGCUCGUCACAUUCAAAGAAUCAACAACAUUGUUAACAAAGCCAAUGUGGUCAUUACAGAAAGAGUUGAAGCGUCAGCAAAAAGACAACAAUUUGCAAGAUCUAUUUCUCAAUUACAUUCACAAAUUGAAAAAGAUGAAAGUAAGAAAUUAGAAAAGACUGCUAAACAACGUUUACAAGCUUUGAAAUCCAAUGAUGAAGAAGCAUAUCUUAAAUUGUUGGAUCAAACCAAAGAUACCAGAAUUACACAUUUAUUGGGACAAACCAAUCAAUUCUUGGAUUCCUUGGCUCAAGCUGUCCAACAACAACAAACAGAAUCCAAAUUAUCAAAUGGUGAAAUCUUACCUGAAGAAUUUACCGAUGAAGAUAGAGAAAAGAUUGAUUAUUAUGAAGUUGCACAUAAAGUGAAGGAAGAAGUUACGAAACAACCUUCAAUUUUGGUUGGUGGUCAACUAAAAGAAUAUCAAUUGAAGGGUUUACAAUGGAUGGUUUCAUUAUACAAUAAUCAUUUGAAUGGUAUUUUAGCAGAUGAAAUGGGGUUGGGUAAAACUAUCCAAUCUUUAUCUUUGAUUACAUAUUUAAUUGAAGUCAAAAAGCAACCAGGUCCUUAUUUAGUUAUUGUUCCGCUAUCCACAAUCACUAAUUGGACUUUAGAAUUUGAAAAAUGGGCUCCAUCAUUGAAAACAAUUGUUUAUAAAGGUACACCAAAUCAACGUAAGAAUUUGGGUUAUGAAGUUAGAACUGGUAAUUUCAAUGUUUUGUUAACUACUUAUGAAUAUAUUAUUAAAGAUCGUCCAACAUUGUCUAAAUUAAAAUGGGUUCAUAUGAUCAUUGAUGAAGGUCAUCGUAUGAAAAACACACAAUCCAAGUUAUCUUCAACUUUAACACAUUAUUACCAUACUAAAAAUCGUUUAAUUUUGACUGGUACACCAUUACAAAACAAUUUACCAGAAUUAUGGGCUUUAUUGAAUUUUGUUUUACCAAAAGUUUUCAAUUCUGUCAGUACUUUUGAUGAAUGGUUCAAUACUCCAUUUGCUAAUACAGGUGGUCAAGAAAAGAUGGAAUUAUCAGAAGAAGAAACAUUAUUGGUUAUUAGAAGAUUACAUAAAGUUUUAAGACCAUUCUUGUUGCGUCGUUUGAAAAAAGAAGUUGAAAAAGAUUUGCCAGAUAAAGUUGAAAAAGUUGUUAAAUGUAAAUUAUCUGGUUUACAAUAUGUUUUAUAUCAACAAAUGUUAAAACAUAAUGCUUUAUUUGUUGGUGCGGGUGCUACUGGUGCUACUAAGUCUGGUAUUAAAGGGUUGAACAACAAAAUUAUGCAACUUAGAAAGAUUUGUAACCAUCCUUUCGUUUUUGAAGAAGUUGAAAAUGUUAUAAAUCCAACUCGUGAUUCAUCUGAUAUGUUAUGGAGAACUGCAGGUAAAUUUGAAUUAUUAGAUAGAAUUUUACCAAAAUUCAAAAAGAGUGGUCAUAGAAUUUUGAUGUUUUUUCAAAUGACUCAAGUUAUGGAUAUCAUGGAAGAUUUCUUGAGAUUGAGAGAAUUGAAGUAUAUGAGAUUGGAUGGUAGUACAAAAGCUGAUGACCGUCAAGGUAUGUUGAAAGUGUUUAAUAAUCCAGAUUCGGAAUAUUUCUGUUUCUUGUUAUCAACAAGAGCCGGUGGUUUAGGUUUAAAUUUACAAUCCGCUGAUACUGUUAUUAUUUUUGAUUCAGAUUGGAAUCCACAUCAAGAUUUACAAGCCCAAGAUCGUGCUCAUAGAAUUGGUCAGAAGAAUGAAGUUAGAAUUUUAAGAUUGAUCACUUCUGAUACCGUUGAAGAAGUUAUCUUGGAAAGAGCUUUACAAAAAUUAGAUAUUGAUGGUAAAGUUAUUCAAGCUGGUAAAUUCGAUAACAAAUCAACAGCUGAAGAACAAGAAAUGUUCUUAAAGAAAUUGCUAGAAAAUGAAGGUAGUAAAGAUGAGGAUGAAAAUCAAGAAUUAGAUGAUGAUGAAUUGAAUGAAAUUUUAGCAAGAAAUGAUGAUGAAAGAGAAUUGUUUGCUAAAAUGGAUCUUGAAAGAAUCACUGCCGAAAAGAUGGCACAAAGACAAAAGAAUGGAUAUAAAGAAAGAUUACUUACUGAAGGUGAACUUCCAGAGAUCUUCAGAGAAGAUAUCACACAACAUUUGGUUCAAGAAGAAGCUGAAUUAGGUCGUACUAGAGAAAAGAAACGUGUUUUCUAUGAUGAUGGUUUGACAGAAGAACAAUGGUUAUUAGCUAUGGAUGACGAUGAAGAUACAGUUGAAGCUGCCAUUGAACGUAAAAGACGUACUCAAGAAAAGAGGAAAAAGAGACUCUCCACGAGAAAUGAAGAAUCUGCAUCACCAGAGCCAGUAGUUGAUACACCACGUCGUCCAAAGAGAUCAAGAUCCAAUGCUAAUUUGAAGGAAGCCCAAGAUGAAGAAUCUGAAUUUGAAGAAGAAGUGGAAGCAACUCCAGCUAAAAGAGCCAAGAAAGCUGUCCCAUCUUUUGUUGAACCAGGUUAUGAGUUCUUGAAUCAAAUUAAAGAAUUAAAAGAUGAGGAAGAUGAUCAUUUGUUAAGUGAAUACUUUAUUGACUUACCAUCAAGAAAAUUAUAUCCUGACUACUAUCAAUUAAUUCAACAACCUGUAUCUAUUGAAUCAAUCAGAAAGAAUAUAAAAUCAGGUAAAAUUAAAACAUUUGAAGCAUUCAAAGAUGCAGUUUAUAAAAUCUUCACGAAUGCUAAAUUUUACAAUGAAGAAGGUUCAAGUGUUUAUGAGGAUGCUGUUGCUUUAGAAAAUUAUGCUAAUAGUAAAUUUGAAGAAAUAGAAAAGUCGCUAUGA